AUGAUUGUCAAAAAAGUUAUCAGAAAACUCAUUUGGAAGUUGUUCCAGAUAUUUUUGUUCUGGGUGCUGGUUUCUACGGUGGUGCCUUCGCUGGUGGUGAAGUAUACGGAUUUUUCAUACGUACAGCAGGGAAGCUACUAUGCAAAACACACUUCUCUCUACACACUCAAUGGUCCGCAGGUUAUUCAUAGCAAUCUCACAAACACCAACAUUCUGGUGGUGAUAGCACACCCUGAUGAUGAGGUGAUGUUUUUUGCCCCGUCAAUCCUUGAAUUGUCGAAGCCAGACUAUGGGAAUACCGUCAUAAUGCUGUGCUUCUCUUCUGGUAAUGCCGAGGGUCUAGGAGACAUCAGGACUGCUGAGGUUAUACGCAGUGGCCAAAUUUUGGGAAUUAAGGAGGUAAAAGUGAUAGACGAUCCAGCUUUCCAAGACGGUAUGAACAUCAUCUGGGAUGCUUCGAAAAUAGCGCAAGAGAUUUCAGGGUAUGUAUCCAGUCUGCAGAUGGACAGCAAAUCUCUCUCGAUUUUGACGUUUGACGAGUUCGGGAUUUCUGGCCAUCCCAACCAUAUCUCCAUGUACAAUGGCUGUUUGGAGUUUGCCAAAUUAUCCAAAGAAAAAGUGUCAGUUUGGACACUUAGAACAUGGCCGCUCUACCAGAAGUACUCGGGCUUCCUCUUGAGCAUGCUGGAAAUUUCUCAGAGAUUAUACCUGAAUUUUGGCUGGGUUAGAUACUGUGGGAAAGCUGAAUCCUUGUAUGCUCGUGCCGCGGAUAUUGAUAGCGUGAAUUGGGUGCUAGGCCAAUUGAGGUCUCUGACUGAAAAACCUUUUAAGGACCCACCAAAGACCUCCAUCAACAUCUUUUCAGAUAUCAACAGCAUGAUCCUGGGGAUUGGCGAUAUGGUGUUUGGACACUAUUCCCAGAUCGUGUGGUUUAGAUGGUUCUGGUUGUUCAGUAGUAAAUAUGCGAACUCCAACGAGUUGGUUUUAGUGUCUAACUAA